CCUUCACCGCACACUUUGCAGUCUAUUAAUUUGCCAGCCACACGCGCGGGUUAGAAGCCUUGUCCACCCUGCAGCUUUGUUUCAGCGCCGAUGUUUUGAGCCCCCUCCCGUGGGAGACAGUUCACCAUGUCCACCGGCUCCCUCAGCGAUGUCGACGACGGGCUUUUGGACGGCAUCCUGAAGUUAGACUCCUGGGAAAAAGACUUCAACGAGAACACGGAGGAAAGUUCCAACGGCGACGGCCCUUGCGUCCUGGACGAGCACAGGGGCGCGUCGGGUAAGAAGAGGAAAACGGCGUCUCGGAAAACGACCCCUAAAGGUGCGGCACCGCAGGAGAGCAAGCAGGUGCAGAGAAACGCUGCUAACGCCCGGGAGAGAGCGAGGAUGAGGAUUCUGUCCAAAGCUUUUUCCAGGUUAAAGACCUCUCUUCCUUGGGUACCGGCGGACACCAAGUUGUCCAAACUGGACACGCUGCGCCUGGCGUCCUGCUACAUCGCACAUCUGCAGCAGAUUCUGGCCAACGACAAAUAUGAGGAUGGAUACAUCCAUCCUGUUAACCUGACGUGGCCCUUCGUGGUGGGAGGCAAACCUGAGAACGAUUUAAAGGAGAUCCUCAAUGCAACAAGGUUAUGUGGAACAACAGCCUCCUGAUGCAUCUCAGUGGAAACAUCCUCUCUGUUGGACAUGUGUGCCGUGUUUGAAAAAGAUAGAGAUAUUUUUAUACAAAUUAUACAAGUAACUGAAAUUGCUCUUCCAUCUCCACAGUUUCUCCAACUGGGAACACCAGAGAGUGUGCGAGCCUCUUUCGUUCCUGUAAACCAAGCUGAGCGUUAUAUAAGUGCAGUUUGAUCCUCAACGAUCUCUUUGCUGGUUCAAAGACAAACUGUCUGCGUUAAGUUCCUUUUUUGUUCAUAAAAUAUAUAAAUGUUCUGCAGAAACAUGUUUUAUUGUUCAUGCAGUGCAGUUCGGCAACUGCAUUAAUGGGUUCGUGUCCACUGUUUCUAAUGUACAGCUGUACAGAUUACACAUAUGUUCAUAAAUAUAUAUAUAUAUAUAUUUGUAUAA